AGUAACUCAGCUAAUCAAAUCAAACACUGAAAAAAAGAUAUGGCUGCUCCGGCGAUGGAAGGCAUGGCAGUGGUGGCAUGGAGAUCAGUAAUGGUUCGUGUUCGUCAAGCGGCGGAGAAAGUGGGUCGUGAUUCGGAUCGAAUUAGCGUGGUUGCUGUGUCCAAAACAAAGCCGGUUUCUGUUAUCCGUCAACUCUAUGAUGCCGGUCACCGCUGUUUCGGGGAAAAUUAUGUUCAAGAAUUUCUUGACAAAGCUCCUCAACUUCCGGAAGAUAUAAAAUGGCAUUUUAUUGGGCAUUUGCAGACUAAUAAAGUCAAAUCUCUGCUGGCCUCAGUUCCAAAUCUUGCUAUGGUUGAGGGUGUUGAUAGCCAAAAGCUAGCCAAGCAUCUUGAUCGUGCAGUGUCGGCUAUAGGUAGAAAGCCUCUUAAGGUCUUGGUGCAAGUGAAUACCAGCGGAGAAACUUCAAAAUCUGGAGUCGAUCCACCAGCUUGUGUUGAUCUAGUGAAACAUGUCAAAGCAGAAUGUCCAAAUCUCGAGUUUUCGGGCUUGAUGACAAUAGGGAUGCCGGACUACACUUCUACUCCCGAGAAUUUUAAGACACUUUUGAACUGCCGAAGCGCUGUUUGCAAAUCACUGGGAAUUGCGGAGGAGCAGUGUGAACUAUCGAUGGGAAUGUCUGGCGACUUUGAGCAAGCGAUAGAGAUGGGUAGUACUAAUGUAAGAAUCGGAUCUACCAUAUUUGGCCCAAGGGAUUACUCGAAGAAACAAUGUUAGCAACAACGCUGUGAUCGAAAAUCAUUUCAAUAUACUAUAAUUGUUAUUAUUACUAUUAUUAUUUGUAUUCUUAUUUUUUUUGUUCAAGCUUUACAUUUUGUUAAGAGAAUAAUACAUGUUAAAAAAACAAUUUACAUUAAUAAUGUGAUAAUUUUUUGAUCAUUUUAUGAAGCAUAGGAGAUUAUAAUGGGGUUUGGAGCUUA